AUGAGUGAUGAGCAACGCAAAGAUUUCGAGAAUGCCACGCACUGUCACAUUUGUGAAAAACCUUUCGUGGAUGGGGACAUUCGCUGUAGGGACCAUAAUCAUAAGGGCAGAGGUCUGUAUAGGGGCGCUUCACACUCUCGGUGCAACAUAAACUACCAAGAUAGCACCGUAAUUCCCGUCGUAUUUCAUAAUCUAAGCGGUUACGAUGCGCAUUUUUUUAUUCGAGAACUAUCCACUGGUUUACCGGGCCACAUAAAAUUGCUCCCAUUAAACAAAGAAAAGUACAUCUCUUUUACAAAAUACGUGGACAAUACAAAAAUUUCUUUUCGAUUUAUCGACUCGUUCCGAUUUAUGAGUAGUAGUAUUGAUAAAUUAUCAGCGUACUUGGGUGACGAACAGAAAACUAUCACUAAAUCCUAUAGUCGUAACGACACCGAGUUCAAUCUGCUAACGAGAAAAGGUGUUUUCCCCUACGAAUAUUUGGAUUGUUGGGAAAAGCUAGAUGAGACCGCUUUACCGCCAAAGGAUGCAUUUUUUAGUCAUUUACAUAACGAGGACAUUACUGACGAAGAGUACGAGCACGCUUCAAACGUGUGGCGCGUAUUUUCCAUUCAAACCUUAGGUCAAUACUCCGAUCCUUACUUAAAAACGGACGUGCUUCUUUUGGCCGAUAUUUUCGAAACUUUCCGAAUCACUUGCAUGCAAACGUAUCAGCUGGAUCCUUUGCACUAUUACACGGCUCCAGGGCUCGCAUUUGACGCCAUGUUAAAAAUUACGGGUGUUAAACUGGAACUUUUAACCGAUAUCGAUCAAAUUCUUUUCAUCGAGAGUGGAACUCGAGGCGGUGUAACUCAGUGUAGUACUCGAUAUGCUAAAGCGAACAAUAAAUAUAUGUUAAGCGGAUACGAUCCCAACCUCCCUACGAACUACUUAAUGUACUUGGACGUAAACUCGCUUUAUGGGCGCACAAUGUGUGAGCCGCUUCCAUGCGGAGAAUUUUCGUUUGUAGAAAACUUUGAAACGCUAGACAUAUUAAAUCAUCCAGACGAUUCGGACAUUGGCUACAUUCUAGAAUGCGAUUUUGACUAUCCCAAUCAUAUUCAUAAGACCCACAGUCAGCUGCCAUUGGCUCCCGAACAUAGAAUUCCCCCAGGCUCGAAAUUAAAGAAACUAUUGCUGACAUUAUACGCGAAACGUAACUACGUCGUCCAUUAUCGGAAUUUAAAGUUGUACGUCCGACACGGAUUAAAAUUAGUGAAAAUACAUCACGUCUUACGUUUCAAGCAAUCGCCGUGGCUACUGUGUUUGGGAAAUUAA